GGUGGUCUCCCCUUCUAAAAUCUCGCCCAGUCCACAAGCGCAUUUACCAGCGGCUCCACUCUCCCCUCCCCUCCCCAUCCCCUCCAUUCCCGACCUCGCGCUGAUCUCACCACCACCAUCACAUCGCCCGCGUGAUUGCUGCCAGGAAAAAAAAAUCGUCGUCCGGCGGCGGAGGGGGAGAGGUCGUAAACCCUAGAGGAGGAGGAGGAGAGGUUUGGGGGUGCAGAUCGAUGGAGAGCCCAGCGAAGGAGGAGGGGGGAGGGGAGCUGGCGAUGGAGAUCGAGUCGUCCGUCACGGCGGAGGACUGGCGGCGCGCGCUCUCCCGCGUGGUGCCCUCCGUCGUCGUCCUCCGCACCACCGCGCCGCGGGCAUUCGACACCGAGGUCGCCGGCGCCAGCUACGCCACGGGCUUCGUCGUCGACAAGUCCCGCGGCAUCAUCCUCACCAACCGACACGUCGUCAAGCCCGGGCCUGUCGUCGCGGAGGCAAUGUUCGUGAACAGGGAGGAGAUCCCAGUGUAUCCCCUGUACAGAGAUCCUGUGCUAUCAAGUUCCUUAAGUAUGAUGAGAUCCCGCUAUCACCUGAAGCAGCAUCUGUUGGUCUAGAAAUCCGGGUUGUCGGCAAUGACAGCGGUGAAAAGGUUUCGAUUUUGGCGGGAACACUGGCUCGACUUGAUAGAGAAGCACCUUACUACAAGAAGGAUGGUUACAACGAUUUCAACACAUUCUAUAUGCAGGCUGCAUCUGGUACCAAAGGUGGCUCUAGUGGUUCCCCUGUUGUUGAUUGUCAAGGAAGAGCCGUCGCCCUGAAUGCUGGAAGUAAAUCUUCCAGUGCUUCUGCUUUUUUCCUUCCGUUAGAACGUGUUGUUAGGGCUCUUAAUCUGAUACGUGACAGUUGGGAAGCUUUUGGUAGCAAGCCAGAAUCCGAUUACAUUCCUCGUGGUACACUUCAGGUGACCUUUCAACACAAAGGAUUCGAAGAAACUCGACGUCUUGGACUCAGGAAUGAAACAGAGCAGAUGGUACGCCUUGUUUCUCCGUCAGGUGAGACUGGAAUGCUGGUUGUUGAUUCUGUGGUUCCGGAAGGACCUGCACAUAAACAUUUGGAACCUGGUGAUGUGCUUGUUCGCAUAAAUGGUGAGGUUGUAACACAGUUUCUCACAAUGGAGACGUUACUUGAUGACAGUGUUAGCAGGGAAAUAGAUUUGCUGAUCGAAAGAGGCGGAACACCUUUAACAGUAAAGUUGGAGGUUGAGGAUUUGCACUCUAUAACUCCAAAUCAUUUCUUGGAAGUUAGUGGUGCUGUGAUCCAUCCACUUUCGUACCAGCAGGCAAGAAAUUUUAGGUUCAAAUGUGGUCUCGUAUAUGUUGCUGAGGCAGGAUACAUGCUCUCUCGGGCGUCUGUUCCACGCCAUGCUAUUAUUAAAAAGCUUGCAGGAGAGGAUAUUGAAAAUUUAGGGGACCUUAUUGCAGUUAUUUCGAAACUGUCUAGAGGCGCAAGAGUGCCUCUUGAAUAUGUCAAAUACACUGACCGUUACAGGAACAAGUCUGUACUGGUGACAAUUGAUCGGCAUGAAUGGUAUGCGUCUCCUCAGAUAUAUACUCGAAAUGAUGCAACUGGUUUGUGGACUGCAGAACCAGCUAUGCUGCCGGAAUCUCCUUUUAUAGCUUCAGCUCAUCAUGCUGGUCCUAUUGAUGCAAACUCCAAUUCUGUUUCAUCUUUAGCUGAAUCUAGUCCUAUGGAUCUCAAGUGCCAGCAUGAGUCCGAUAAUUUGGCAGAUGGAUGCAUCAAAACACAAACUGAUGAUGAGGUUGUAGUAGACGGAUCCCACUCGAGUGAAGACUCUCUUAUUGAGAAAAAGAGGCGGCGGGUGGAUGAGGAGAUAGCUGCUGAGGGAACGAUAUCAUCUUCUGGUGAUUUAGAUGAACUAAAGGGUGGUGCUUUGAGGCAUCUGUCCAGUGUGGAUGGUUCUGACCUUGCUCGAACAAUAUCAAGUAAUGCGUCGUUGGCAGAACAAGUAAUUGAACCAGCCCUUGUAAUGUUUGAGGUGCAUGUACCACCAGUAUGCAUGCUUGAUGGAGUGCAUUCUCAACACUUCUUUGGAACCGGUGUAGUAAUAUAUCAUUCAGACUGUCUGGGUCUGGUUGCUGUUGAUAGGAAUACAGUUGCUGUAUCUAUCUCUGAUAUAAUGCUUUCCUUUGCUGCAUAUCCCAUCGAAAUACCUGGAGAAGUUGUUUUUCUGCAUCCUGUUCACAAUUUUGCAUUGGUUGCUUAUGAUCCUUCUGCACUAGGUGCUGGCGCAUCUGUUGUCCGGUCUGCUAAGCUUUUUCCUGAACCUGCCUUACGCCGAGGAGAUUCUGUCUACCUAGUUGGGCUAAGUAGAAGCUUGCAGGCUACAUCAAGGAAAUCAAUCAUAACUAAUCCUUGCACUGCUGUUAAUAUUGGGUCAGCGGAUUGCCCACGGUAUCGUGCAAUUAAUAUGGAGGUCAUCGAGCUAGAUACUGAUUUUGGUAGCACAUUUUCGGGUAUAUUGACGGAUGAGCAAGGAAGAGUUCAAGCAUUAUGGGCAAGCUUUUCCACCCAGCUGAAAUAUGGUUGUAGCAGUUCAGAGGAUCAUCAAUUUGUUAGAGGUAUACCAAUAUAUGCAAUAAGUCAAGUCCUUGAGAAGAUAAUCUCUGGUACUCCUGGACCAUUUCGUAUUAUCAAUGGAAUUAGGAGACCAAUACCAUUUGUCAGACUUCUGGAGGUGGAACUAUAUCCAACUUUGCUUUCAAAGGCAAGAAGUUAUGGAUUGAGUGAUAGCUGGGUUCAGGCUUUAGCUAAGAAGGACCCUGUGCGAAGACAAGUUUUGCGGGUCAAAGGUUGUUUGGCUGGAUCCAAAGCAGAAAAACUACUAGAACAGGGAGACAUGAUCCUUGCUAUCAAUAAGGAACCAAUUACAUGCUUCCUAGAUAUUGAGAAUGCUUGCCAGAAAUUAGACCAAGCUGACGAUUCAGAUGGAGUCCUUAACAUGACAAUAUUCCGUCAGGGAAAAGAAAUUGAUAUUAUUGUUGGAACCGAUGUAAGAGAUGGCAACGGAACAACACGGAUGGUGAAUUGGUGUGGAUGCAUAAUUCAGGAUCCUCAUUCAGCAGUGCGCGCACUUGGUUUUUUGCCUGAAGAAGGUCAUGGAGUUUAUGUUGCUAGAUGGUGUCAUGGAAGUCCCGUACAUAGAUAUGGCCUCUAUGCUCUGCAGUGGAUAGUGGAAGUUAAUGGGAAGCCAACUCCAGAUCUUGAAACUUUUAUACAAGUGGUGAAGGGAUUGGAAAACGGUGAAUUUGUUAGGGUGCGGACUGUCCAUUUGAAUGGCAAACCUCGUGUGCUUACUUUGAAGCAGGAUCUUCACUACUGGCCGACCUGGGAACUCAGGUUUGAGCCAGAGACUGCCACAUGGAAGAGGGGAAUAAUAAAAGCGUUGCAAUCAACUGUAGCAUAAUAUAUUCUGUUUGAGUUUAAACUCAUCAAGCUCUCAGAGGGUCUUAGGGAGCGUAAGCAUGGAUCGAGGAAUGCAUGCCCAUGUUGGUAAGCUUGAAUCCUGCGUAAUGCAGGAUGGAAUGGUGCGCAUUAGGAUAGGAUGCUUGAAGGAUAUAGUUAUUCAUAGAAAAAUAUAUGGAUCCACUGUCUGUGGAUAAUUAGGCUGCAGCAUCUGCCUUUUGUAUAAUCUAUUCUAUUGAUACAAUUUUUUCAGUAGAAAUAAAUCCUUAGCUCUUUAGUGACCAUAUAACCAUUAUUAAUGAUUUGAGUUACCUAGCAACAUAUUUCAACAUCUAGUUCUGUCGUCUACCGUCUGAGUUCCAGGAACGAAUAUGAUCUCACAAUAAGAACGUUAUCUUUUAUUUA